AUGAGCGCAUCCGGACAGGAAUGGAUCACCAAGACGAUUCUCUGCCUGCAGGAGGAACUAGUCCCCUUCACCAGUGGUUCAGAGUCGCAGAGCUGCAGUGAGCUGAAGCAGUAUGCCCUCGGCACGCAUGCAGGAUGCUACGUGAAAAGUGGUGUCUGCACUCUGCCGAUUGAGGAUUGGGGGAGGAUCUUGGAAAUUGUCGCCCCAGCUUUGAUUUCCGAACUGGAGAACUUCAAGUCGGCGUUUGAGACUGCCGGAGACUGCGUGUUGCUUCUGCUCUUGGUGCGCGGAUUCGAGAUUGGGAGGGACGGGUCGGGCCCUGUCUUAGAAGGUGAUACACAAGCAGUAGACCUGACUGUAGAAUAA